UACUUUCCUCAUCUCUAUAUGUCAAAAACCCUCUUUUUUUUUUCAUUUCUAGACAGCUCUUUUCAAUCAAAGCUGAUAAACAUCUUCGAUUUGGUCCUUCAAAAAUGGAAAAUGGCCAAACUGAAGAAAUCCCAGAUGAAUUUCAAUGCUGUGUUUGCCUGGAACUUUUGUAUAAACCAGUUGUGUUAGGGUGUGGCCACAUUGCUUGUUUUUGGUGUAUAUUUAAGUCCAUGAAUACUUUGAUGGAGUCAAACUGUCCCAUUUGCCGGCACCCAUAUCAUCAUUUCCCUAAUGUGUGUAGAUUGAUGCACUUUUUGCUUGUAAAGUUGUACCCUAUAGACAGUGCAAGAAGGGAAAAACAAGUGGCAGAGGAGGAGAAGAAUGUAGGAUAUUUUUCACCUCAGUUUGAUGAUUAUUUAUCAGAAUCUUGUGGCAAGACCGAUCUUGUUCUAGACACUGCUUCACCUCAUUCCAUCCCUUCAGAGAAAUGUGGAUCAGCAGGGGAAGAAGAGCAUUCCUCAGUAGUUUUUCCAGCAGUAUCAAGUUCUGAAACCAAAGAGGAUGCAAUGUCAAAGAAUCUUAACUUUGCAGAUGAGCAUACAAGUGCAAGCAGUAAGCAAGUGCUUAUCGCAGAUUUGCUUUGUGGGAUCUGCAAACUGUUGUUGUACCGACCUGUAGUUCUUAACUGUGGCCAUGUUUAUUGUGAAAAUUGCGUGAUCAAUCCUAGCGACAAGCUAUGUAGAUGUCCAGGUUGCCAAUUGGAGCAUCCAAAUGGAUACCCCAAUGUUUGCUUGGUUCUUGAGCACUUCUUGGAAGAGCAAUUUCCCAAGUUGUAUGCAGAAAGGAAAAGCGCAUCAGUGGAAAGAUCUGAUCGUCAAAAUCCAGCAACACGAGAUCAGGAUGAAGCUGCUGGUUGCAAAUCACUACCUAAAUUUGAUCUUUCAACAUGGUUAACGGGUGGGGGACCACAGGUUCAUUUUGGAGUUGGUUGUGAUUAUUGUGGGAUGUAUCCUAUUGUUGGGGAACGAUACAAAUGCAAAGACUGUAAGGAGAAAAUAGGGUUCGACCUUUGUGAGGGGUGCUAUAAAAGCUCCUCGAAGCUCCCUGGCAGGUUUAAUCAGCAACACACACCAGAACACCAAUUUGAUCUAAUACAGCCACUUCAAGUGAGAAAUGUGGUCCUGAGGCUUCAACCUGAACGACUUGAAGAGGACGGCUCCAUUGGCCUGCUUGAAUAUAUCGAGGAGGACAGUUCUGUUGAGGUUGAGCCACAGCACCCGGAAGAAGAUUCCUCAGAGACCAACUCUCCGCGAAACGACUUAAGAGAUGGUCAAGCAGGGAACAUAUCCUCAAAUGACACUAGAGAAGAUCAAGGAGGGAGAGAAUCUGCAAACAGAGAUUAGAUGUUACUUUAUGAAUUGCUACUACUCUUGUGGUCAUUAUCUCACUAAUACUUGGUGAAGGAAUUCAGGUCCUAACAAGACAUAUGGGAAUCACUUUCCGGCUCUACCUCUUUUGCCGCCAGAUAUGGCUCUUCUCGUAUCAUACUGUACAGCUUUUUAUUAUUAAAGUUACUGUUUGGCUGAACCUUUGUACAUAGAUUAGAUUAUGUUUCAUACAGUCUAUUGAAAGAGAAGAUAAUAUUGCAACUCAUUUUGAUAUAUGAAUACUGCUGUUUGAGUUUCUUAUGUUAUAGACAUGGGAUUUUAGUGCA